CAUCCAUCCUCUUGUCUUCGUUCAUCUCUGCACCCCAAGGCCAUGCUCAAGGAUUACUAUGCGAUCCUCGGCAUUUCCGAGGAUGCCACUCUCACGGAGAUCAAGCAACAGUACCAAAAGCUGCUUCUGAUCAAUCAUCCUGAUAAACAGCAGCAGAAUCAAUCCCAGAUGACAUCCUCGUCUACGCCAACGCUGAUACCACUUCAGGAUAUUAAAGAGGCGUGGGAAUAUCUCCGCUUGCCAGCACAGCGGGCCUUUUAUGACUCGUCGCUCAAAGCCAUGAGGCUCCGUGCCAAUGGCCAAGUCAACGACGACAUUGAUCUGGAUGACAUGGAUUUUGAUGAAGAGACUGGCAUCUAUUCAUCGCCUUGUCGAUGCAGCGGAGAAUAUGUCAUCACGGAGGAUGAGCUGGAAUUGGGUGUGGACAUCGUGGUGUGCUCCACCUGCUCGCUGAUUGUCAGGAUCCACUACGAAAUCGCAGACGAUCAAGAUUACGCCAAUUGAGCAAUGGCAGUUUCCUUGAUUGAAUGUCCAACAAGAACGUAGCGGAUCGAGCAGGCGGACUAAGUUGACUACAGUACAAUCCAUCACUUAGGACAUGACAGACGAUCGAUGUGCUCCGUCUGCAGCGUCGCGUGAUUAAUGUCUGGUCUUUUGACUAGGAACACUAAGAGACGCUUGUAGGGCCAUUUCUGUGCGUCAAAGUGUUAGGAACGCGGAAUUUCCAAGCAAUGUGCCGACAAUUUGUCUCCAAAAUCUGCUGCGCUUUGAGAAAUGACGAGCUGCGUGGAUGCAUGGCGAGAUGGAUGU